GGAGCGGGGGGCGGGGCCUCGGCGCGCCCGUCGUCGCGCGACCGCCGUUGGGGGGAGCGGCGCGAGGACCAGGGGGCUGAGCGCGCGCCAGCGGCCUGGAGGAUUAUUACAAUGAGUCUACGGAAGCAAACUCCCAGUGACUUCUUAAAGCAGAUCAUAGGACGGCCAGUUGUUGUAAAGUUAAAUUCCGGAGUGGAUUACCGAGGUGUCCUAGCUUGCCUCGAUGGCUAUAUGAACAUAGCCUUAGAGCAGACAGAAGAAUAUGUAAAUGGACAGCUAAAGAACAAGUAUGGAGAUGCCUUUAUCCGAGGGAAUAAUGUGCUAUAUAUCAGUACACAGAAGAGAAGGAUGUGAAGAGAGCCAGCGAGUGUUACAUUUUGGACUUUGAUAUAUUUUUAAAAUCUGAUUUUUUUCAUUUGGUUUUUGUUAUGUAAAGUUCCUGUUGUCUAUAAAGCUGGAGAGAACUCUUCCUUCAGAGCAAGAGAUUUUGUAGCCAACACAUCCUCCACAUUUGAGUUUUGCUGUUUUCUUAUGCCUCUUUCAGCAAUAUGCAGAAAAUUAUAGUAAUAAAAGGAUGACAGGAUGUGUGUUUGAAUGAUU